UGUCCAGGGAUAAUUUUCAGCUCGUUUUCUAACUUUGGUGUGAUGCAAAAUUCAUUUACAAAUGAAGGUACUGCAGACUGCAGGGAAACUGGAACAGAUGGCCAGUCUGCAGGACCACAGGAAGACAGGAUGAAGACACUUAAUUGUUACGUGCUGUUACUUUGCUGGAAAGCAAUUUGCUGCAACAGCUGUCAGCUCACCAAUAUUACUAUAGCCGUGGAAAGAGAAGAAUGUGAAUUCUGUAUUACAGUGAAUGCCACGUGGUGCUCAGGAUACUGCUUCACAAGGGAUCCAGUAUAUAAAUAUCCACCAGUAUCAACCGCUCAGCAAACCUGCACCUUCAAGGAGGUUGUGUACGAAACAGUGAAGAUCCCUGGCUGUGGUGACCAUCCUGAAUCCUUUUAUUCAUACCCAGUAGCUACAGAAUGUCACUGUGACUCCUGUGACACUGACACCACCGACUGCACUGUGAGGGGACUGGGGCCAUCCUAUUGUUCCUUCAGUCAGAAUGGAAGUAACCAGUGA